ACAAGUGAGAGAUGAAAGAGGAGGGGAAACUACUGAUAGGAAGAGUGUGGAGAGCAGCAAGGGGAAGAGAGAGAGAGAGGGAGGGAAACAUGACAGAUGAUGGAUAAAUAUCUCAGAGCUCAGCAGCUCUCUGCUCAGCUCCACAAUCUGUGAUGAUGGUGGAGUCAAUGGAAGGAGGGGACCUCUGCAUCCCUCCCCUCAACACCACCUGCAGGCCAAUGUCUGUUACUCACAAGGCCAUGCUCAUCAAAACACUGCUGUCCUGCUUCUGUCUGCUCACUGUGAUGCUCAACUUGUUGGUUAUCAUCUCCAUCUCUCACUUCAGGCAGCUCCAGACCCCCACCAAUCUCAUCCUCCUCUCCCUGGCUGUGUCUGACUUGCUGGUGGGCCUUGCAGUCAUGCCAGCCACAAUCAACAGCAUGCAGUCCUGCCAGUAUACUGACAAAAUCUCAUGUGUUUUGUGGUACCUUCUGGCCUUCAUCCUCACCUCUGCCUCUGUUGGAAGCAUGGUGCUCAUAGCAGUGGACCGCUAUGUGGCCAUUUGUUACCCUCUGCGACAGGACAUCUCAGGAAAUGCAGAUUUUUUAGCUCAAAUUUGGCUGUUCUGUUGCAACUCCACUUUCAAUCCUCUGAUCUACGCCUUUUUCUACCCCUGGUUUAGAAAAGCUGUUAAACUCAUAGUCAGACUUCAGAUCCUGCAGCCAGGCUCUCGUGAGUCCAAGAUAAUGUAG